AUGCCACUGAAACAACCAGAGAAGAGCCUACUUCCCUCCCAGAUUCUGGGUCUUAGUGACCUUUCAAGAGCUCCCCAUGAAAUGCCACUGUCUGGGUGCCAUGGGAAGUGGAUCAAAGAGAUUGAUUCAGCCUACAUGAGGCUGGCAAAGCAAGGAGGCCUACCUGAUGAGCUGAAGCACUACAUUCCUGUGGUAAUGAAGUCCCCUCCAGCCGAAUAUGCUGCACCUGACUGGUACUCACACUGUACUAAUCCCACAGGGAUUGAGGAGCCACAGAGCUGUGUUUCCUCUCUACCAGAUUAUAUGGUUCAAGAGUUUAUGGCUGAUGACCAUCACAGUAACAGUUAUGAGACAAGAAAUGGGCCUUUUGAUUUUGAUACAAAAAGUGUUUGGCAGUGGGAAGCUGGGGUCAAAGAAAACGCAAAGAAAAAGAAGCACAGGUUCUCACCUAUAAGCCCUAAAUAUCCAAGCAGAAUGCCAACUGUUUCUACAAAUAAGGAAUUUACUGGAACAAAUAAGCUUUCCUUCCCACCCAUAUAACCUGCUCAGAGAAAAAGUGAAGCUGUAAAUUUUAGCAAAUUGAUGAGUAAUGGUUAUGGGUCUGACUGGUUUCAGCAGUGUACUGGAUGGGAAAAAAGACUGAAGAAAUAUCAGAAAAUAGUGAGCACUCUGAAGCUAACUGCUGCAUGGGAAUAUGACCUUUGCUCUCUAGCCAUUCCUCCACAGGAUGAAGCCAGAUUUCAGUCUGAAUCUAAAGGAGAAUGCAUAACCUUCACUCCACUCUUCGAGUUAACUUAA